AUGGGUGCAGGUUGUUGUUGCUGUGGUAAGAAAAAUCAACGUGUAUCAUCUGAAUAUCGUUCAGUACCUCGAUAUACUCAAAUUGGCAUAAGAACAAAUGAUUCGUUGACACCCAUCGAUGAUUAUCCUGAUGAACCAGUUUUGUCCUUGGAAGAAGCUCUUGAACUUUUCGACGGCAAAAUUAACCAUUUAUCUUAUUAUAUACAGGAAGCCAAAAUGAAAUGUCACUAUCCAUCAGAACAUAAUCUUACUCUUGAUGAAUCAGCUGCUAUCUAUAUCUAUACCAUGCAAUGGGGCGAUAGAUGUCUUCAUAAUUAUUUACAAGCAGCAUUGAAUUCCAAUGAUCAAUCUACACUUCAACCAUGGUUAAUGUAUCUGAAAUUAUUCAAAAGUGCACUCGAUAAAUUACCUACUGCAAAGGCAGAAGUUUGGCAAGGAGGACCAUUUGAUGAAAAACUCAAAGAACAACUUAAUUCAAAGUCAUCAUCCCUUUAUACUUCUCUUAGUUCAUGUUCACUAUCGGCCAAUGAAAUUAAAGAGUAUCUACCAAAAACUGUUGAGAAGAAAAUAUUUCUUGUUGGUUAUCAAUCUGUAAACGGCAAAUUAGUGACUGGUUAUACAGCUAAUGGUUUUCCAGAAGCGAUAGUAUGGCCAGGCAUAAAGUUGGGAGUAUCAAAAUAUGUUGUAACCGAUGCUUAUCAUUCAUGGAUUCUAUAUCCAAUAAGAUCAAAUGGUAAGUACUAA